UUGACUCGUGUCGUCUAGCUUCAAACUGCACAAGGAAUAUAUAGUAGUGCUACUGCUACCGAAGAUUAACAAACAAAUCAAAUUAAAAUCGAUGGCUUCCUUAAAGCUUGUGUACAUCUUUACCCUUCUCAGCUUCAUCAAUUUCGUAACCACUAAAGCACAGCACGGUCGUGGUUAUUCAUUCCCCGAUUGUUCUUCAAGCAUAACCACCCCAAACAGCCCCUACCAAUUGAACUUGAGGAGACUUCUGUCUUAUCUAUCUUCCAACGCCACUUCUAGCAGGCAAUUCUAUAAUACCACCGUCACCAGUAGAAACCACUCCGACAGUACUGUCUACGGAAUGUUCUGGUGCGGGGGUGACGUCCCCACCCAGCUUUGUAGCGAGUGCGUCGCAAACGCAACCAAAUCAAUAUUCUCAGAUCCAGAUUCUUAUCCAAAUUGUUCCUUGUCCACAGAUGCGAGGAUUUGGUACGACUACUGCAUGAUUCGCUUCUCAAACAGUUCUUUCUUCUCCACAGUUGACUCAGGACUAAUCAGCGCUGGAUGCGACCCUUUCGAUGUGUCCAACCAGACAAACUGGGUGAGUGUGCUUUCCAAAACGAUUAACGAAGCAGCAGAUGAGGCAGCGAAUUCGACUGUUAAAUAUGCAACAAAGGAAGCAAGGAUAUCCGGAGGAUUUCAGAGCCUUUACUGUGAGGCACAGUGCACACCUGACCUCUCACCCCAAGAUUGUAGAAAAUGUCUAAAUGUUGCCAUAACCUAUUCUCAACAGUCCUGUCAAGGCUUCCUGGACUAUUAUUCUCUCAGCUGUACAAUCAUGUGCAAUUCCUACCCUUUCUAUCGCCCCGGUACUGCUCCGGCACCAAAAGGACUCGUUCCAGCUCUCACGAAUUCUUCCAAUGUUACAGAUCACUCACAAGAUCCUGCAGCUUAUCUUUCCCACAAUUGUUCCAUAAACAAGAUCACCACCGACAUCACUUUUCUGUCAAAUCUCAAGACACUUCUCUCCUUCUUGUCUUCUAAUUCCACCAUCAAAACCAGUUUCAAGACCACCGUCAGCACGAUCGGUGGCCUCUUCAUGUGCCUCGGGGACCUUUCUCUUACCCUUUGCCAGCUUUGUGUCCAAGAUGCAAUUCAAAGAAUAUCCUCAGUGUGCCCUUACUCCAAAGAGGCCAUCAUUUGGUACAAUCACUGCUUGCUUCGCUAUAACGAUACCCCGUCUUACUCCACACUCAACACAAGUAGCCCUUCCUAUCGCGACUUCCACACCCUCAAUACUACCAAACCCAACCAGCUUCAAAGCUUCUUCACUUGGACUCUGGCCAAUACAUUAUACAAAGUGCAGUAUGAGACAGAUGACAGUACCAUUAAGAAUUAUGCAAAAAAAGAAGAAAAACUGAAUGAUCACCAAACCCUCUAUACUCUUGCUCAGUGCACGCCAGAUCUAGUUAAUCACGAUUGCCAAGACUGUCUAGAAAACAUUUUCAAAUACGAAAUUCCAUGGUGUUGUAUGGAAAGUCCAGAGGGACAAGUACUAUAUCCUAGCUGCUUUAUCAAGUUUGGAUUGUCCCCAUUUUACACAGAUGCUUCCCAAGAUGAGGCUCGCAGGCCAGCUACAGGAAAUAAGAAACCUAGGCCACGAACAAUUAUCUUUAUUGUAGUCCCGAUCGUUAUCUCGACGGUACUCUUUUCCUUUUGCUGCUAUUUGUUGCGAGGGAUAAAAAGAAGAAAAGAUAAUUAUAAAACUCCUCUCACAAAAAACUUUGUUCCGGAAAGUAUCACUUUAGAAGGGUUGCAAUUUGAUUUAACUACCGUUAAAGUAGCAACAAAUAAUUUUUCGCACGAGAAUAAGAUUGGUAAAGGUGGAUUUGGAGUCGUUUAUAAGGUGAGAAAUGUGAUUUUUUUUUUCUUUUUGAUCAUGUUUUCAAGAGAAACAAAUAAUGAUUUAUAUAUUUUUCAGGGUACUCUUUGUGAUGGACGACAAAUAGCUGUAAAGAGACUUUCAACAAGUUCUAAGCAAGGCUCAAUUGAGUUUGAAAAUGAGAUUUUAUUAAUAGCCAAGCUACAACAUAAAAAUCUUGUGACUUUUAUAGGUUUUUGCUCAGAAGAACAAGAAAAAAUUCUUAUUUACGAAUACCUACCAAAUGGGAGCCUUGAUUACCUUUUAUUUGGUACUAGGCAACAAAAGUUAAGUUGGCAAGAGCGUUACAAAAUUAUAAGAGGAACUGCUUCGGGAAUUCUUUACUUGCAUGAAUAUUCUCGAUUAAAAGUUAUACAUCGUGAUCUCAAACCUAGUAAUGUUUUAUUAGAUGAAAAUAUGAAUCCAAAAUUAUCAGAUUUUGGCAUGGCUAAAAUUGUUGAAAUGGAUCAAGAUUGUGGAAAUACCAAUAGAAUUGCAGGAACAUAUGGUUAUAUGUCACCAGAAUAUGCAAUGUUUGGACAAUUUUCGGAGAAGUCAGAUGUUUUUAGUUUUGGUGUCAUGAUUCUUGAGAUUAUUACAGGAAAAAAGAAUGUAAAAUUUAACGAAUUAGACAAUAUUGAAGAAGGUCUUAUAGGUUAUGUUUGGAGACGAUGGAAGGAUCAAGAACCAUUAAGCAUCUUGGAUUCACACAUAAAAGAAAGUUAUUCACAAAUGGAAGUUCUUAAAUGCAUUCAUAUUGGCUUAUUAUGUGUUCAGGAAGAUCCAAAUAUUAGACCUACAAUGACAACGGUUAUUUCAUAUCUUAAUAAUCACUCACUUGAAUUGCCAUCUCCACAAGAACCAGCAUUUUUUUGGCACAGGCUUAGAGUGGAUCAAGGGAUAGCUAUGCCACAAGAAUCAAGUUCUAAUCAAGUGGCCAACGGUUUCACACUAUUCUCUAUCAAUGAAAUGUCCAUGAGUAAUUUUUAUCCUCGAUAGUUCGUUAAUUCUUUAUUUGACAAUGCUACCUACUUAUGUUUCAAAUGUAUAAUAAACUUUUGUUGGCACUUGUAUAUUUUGGUAAAGAUUGGAUUAUGAUUUUUUUUUUAUAGUGCUAUUAUUUUCAAGUCUAAAGUUAUUUGGUUUGUUAGAUUAUGUAAGGUCCAUCCUAAGAUUCUAAUUAGAAAGAAUCCCAUAUAUUUUUAGCAAACAUUUAAAGUUAA